UUCGGUGCUAUACAAUAUAUACAAAACAGUGGCAAACACAAUUACUGCACUACAAAUAGACAAUAGACAUUACACCAGAAUUUUGCCAUCCCUAUCCAUGAUGGCAUUUACACCCCGCGGAGCCCAACGGUCUCGAAACUCCUCCAAGGCCGCUGUGGACUGCGCGUGUUCUUUUUCAAUAGUUACCCGGGCACGAACAUACCCCCUAAACAUUGCCAGGCAGUCUGCCCGGGGAGAUCCCCCCGCCACCCGUUUCCAAGACCCACGGAUGGCAGAUUUCGCCUGCCCCAGGAGCAAGUUGACUAGGACAUCCUCAUCCCUCCAUGCCCCCUUCCUUACUGGAUGACCAUAUAUAAACAGGGUGGGACUAAAAUGCAGCCAGAAGGCGAGAAGCAGCCCACGCAAAUAUGCAAAAAGAGGCUGCAGCCUCACACACUCCAUGUACAUGUGGUACACGGUGCUGGGGGCAGCCGACAUAUGUUGCCAUGAUUUCAGCACUAACAUAGCAGGUAUACAACUUACUAACCUGUACGCCCUUGGACUGUGGGAGGAAACUGAAGCACCCGAAGGAAACCCACGCAGUCAUGGGGAGAACGUACAGACAGAGGCGGGAAUGGAUCACUGUUAACUCACCAUAAAGUACUAUGUUAACCACUACGCCACCAUGCUGCCCCAGAGGGAAUUCUCUGGUAAACACUGGUUAAGGAUCCAUGGAUGAGAUAGAGACAAAUAGUGCAGAGACUGCAAAAAUACAAAAGCACUCUUAUAAAUCUUGAAGGCUAUAUACUGUUCCUUUACAUUUGAUUUCCAAAACUACAGUACCCCACACUUGGCUCUGUUAUGAAAACUAAAGUUUCCUGGUAAUUACGAAGCAACAUGUUCAUUAGCAGUUUGAGAGGAUUUAGUAUUGAUAUUGAUUUAUUAGUUUUAAUUUUAUUUAUUUGGAGAUACAGUGCAGAGUAGGCCCUUCUGGCCCUUGGAGCUGUGCAACCCCAGUUUAACACUAACCUAAUCACAUGAUACUUUACAAUGACUAGGUAACCUACCCAGUAAAUCUUCAAACUGUCAGAGGAAACAGGAGCAUCUGGGAAAACUCACGCAUUCCGCAAGGACGUACAAACUCCUCACAGAGGACGCCGGGACUGAAUUCCUAACUCCAGUGUCCCAAGCUGUAAAGGCAUUGAGCUAACCACUACACUACCAUACCGCGCAAUUUCACAUGUACCAAGAAACGGUGAAAAUACUAUUCAUAUUUAUCAAAUCAUUACACAGUGCAAUGAGCUAGAAUAAGAUAAAACAAUAGCAAAGCAGAACAAAGUGUAAAAGCUACCAAAAAAAUGUGCAGUGCAAAUCAAUGAUAAACUGCAAGAUUAUAUCGAGGUAGAUUGUGAGGCCAAGAGUCUAUCAUAUUGUACAUUCAAGUUUCUGAUGACAGAAGGAUAUAAAGCAUCCUUGAGCCUGGUGGUAUGUUCUUCCAGGCUUUUGUAUCUCUGACCAAUGGGAUAUUGGAUAAGAGAAUGUCCGGGAUUAUUGGGGUCUUUGAUUACACUUGACAGCAAAGAUUUUACUCCUCAAUACUUUUGGGUACAUCUUAUAGAUUUUGGGUUGAAGAUCAUGAAAAUCACCAUGAAAUUUCCCUAUCUCAUACCAUUUUAUAAAAAUUGUCUAGAUUUGUUAUUUCCAAUCAUAAUUCAAGUCAGAGUAACCGAUGCCAAGAUUAAGGAAGGCAUUUUUGUUGGUCCUCAAAUUGAACAGGUCACCAAUGACAGGCAGUUUGAAAAUCUACUGGGACUGGAGAAAAUCACGUCGAAGGCAUUUGAGGAUGUUGUUGUAAUUUUCUUGGCGACUAGAGCACCCCACUAUGUACAGCUGGUUGACAAUAUGUUUCAAGCGUACAAAACCAUCAAGUGCUACGUGUCACUGAAGAUUAAUUUUCUGCAUUCCCAUUUAGACUUUUCCCCUGCAAAUCUUGGUGCUGUCAGUGACGAGCAACGUGAAAGAUUUCACUCCAUUGCUGUCAUGGAGAAUCGCUAUCAGGGCAACUGGAAUCCAUCAAUGCUGGCUGAUUAUUGUUGGACACUUAAGCAGGAAGCCUCAGACACUGAGAACAAACAAAAAUCACCAACAAAAUAUUUUUAGCUUAUUUGAACUACUGCAAAGCAUCAGCAUCGUUAUGCAGUUAAACACAUUAUAUUCAAUAAAAGUUAAUUUCUUUUUUUCUCCAAAUUCCUAUGUGAUACAUGUAGUCUGAAAUUAUAUAACCAUAUAACAGGCCAUCUCGGCCCUCCUAGUCAGUGCCAAACUCUUGAUCUCACCUAGUCCCACCUACCCACACUCAGCCCAUAACCCUCCACUCCUUUCCUGUCCAUAUACCUAUCCAAUUUUACCUUAAAUGACACAACUGAACUGGCCUCUACUACUUCUACAGGAAGCUCAUUCCACACAGCUAUCACUCUCUGAGUAAAGAAAUACCCCCUGGUGUUUCCCUUAAACUUUUGCCCCCUAACUCUCAAAUCAUGUCCUCUCAUUUGAAUCUCCCCCACUCUCAAUGGAAACAGUCUAUUCACGUCAACUCUAUCUAUCCCUCUCAAAAUUUUAAAUACCUCGAUCAAAUCCCCCCUCAACCUUCUACGCUCCAAUGAGCGUAGAAUAUGUGUUCAGCUUCAAGCAAAAACAUAUUCUGAGGAAGUAACACUUUAAAAAAAUUGUGUUCUAGUGUUAAGCUGACUGGUUAAUUGCUAGAAAGUGCAGGCAGAGCCCAUCGAGGACAGCUGGUUCCUGCAUGUCUCUAUAGACUCUUGCAAGUUUCAAUAGAUGUACAGUGGGGAGCAUUCUGACUGGUUGCAUCACUGUCUGGUAUGGAGGCUCCAAUGCGGAGGAUCGCAAGAAUCUGAAGAGGGUUGUAGAUUCAGCCAGCUCCACCAUGGGCCGUAGCCUCCCUACCACUGACAUCUUUAACAAGGCAAUGCCUCAAGAAUACAGCAUCGUUAAGAACCCUCGCCACCUGGGACGUGGCCUCUUCUCGUUACUACCAUCAUGAACGCCACGGUAGUCUAGCAGUUAACGUGACGCUACUACAGCUCGGGCCGUUCUGCAAUUUGGAGUUCAAUUCCAACACCGUCCGUAGGAAGUUGUACAUUCUCCCCAUGACUGUGUAGGUUUCAUCUAUGGAAAAAAGUAAAAGGUCAACGUUUUGGGCCAAGACCUGCUGAUUUCCCCAGCAUUUUGUGUGUGUUGCUUUGGAUCUCCAGCACCUAUAGAUUUUCUUGUCACCGAGUGGGCUUCCUGCGGGUGCUACGGUUUCCUCACACAUGCCAAAGAUGUUCUGGUUAGUAGGUGGAUUACUCAUUGGUGGGUUGCUAGCUCAUCGUGAUGAAAGGGUCUGUUCUGCGCUGUACCUCUAAAUAAGUAAGUUAAUAAGGAGUUACAGGAGUCUGAAGGCACACAAUCAACGUUUUGUAUACAGAUUCUUCCCAGAUUUCUGACUGGUCCUCACUAUUCCUUUUUUAUGCACAAUUUAUUUAUUUUUUACGUUUCAUACUAUACUGUUGCUGCAAAACGAAUUUCACGUCACGUAAGUCAGCGGUGUAGUAUUUAUGCGACUCGGACACCGCUGUAGUUUGAACAACCACGUUUAUUCAACAAACUUCCCAUCUUUCUUAUCCCCGUCCUGACAUCAUACGCACUCUGACCUACAAAUACUCACACACACAAUACAUUACAUCCCCCUUCUCAAGAUGUUUUUUUACAACACUGUGAACUACCAAAACAAUGCCUCUAGGUGUGCCUUUCUUACAUUGCAACAGCCAUGACAUAAACUUAAAAAAAAUCUUAACUUCUUAUACUGUAUUGUACACUGAAUCUUACAAUACUAACAGCAGUGUAUUAUCUUUUACUAACAUAGACUGAUAAACCUUUUAUUUCACACCUUGGAACUUAUAACGUGUGACUUUGCCUCAAGCUGCAUGAGACUGUAGGUAGAUCUAGUCUCUGUAUCUAGCUGGAAGUUUGACUUGUCUCCCAGACAGUGUGUAACACAACUGUGACUGUGCUUGUCCUUCAUCAGUGUCAGUCUCUCGAGUGACCUCUGUGUCUUUGCGGUCUGCAUUUCCACCUCGGUCGGCCCACGCCGAACCUUCACCUUCAUUGCACCGUGGGGUUUCGUCGCGCCCCUCACUCUUGGUGUCGUUUGUUUCCAUGUCUGUAUCUGUGGAAAUGUCCUGUGUAUCUGUACGUGGAAACACCCUCUCGCCUGUCUUCAGCAGAUGCUUCCUGUUCCUCCUGUAGACUCUUCCAUCCGGCAUGUGAACUAUGAAGGAUCUUGGUUGCUGAUGUCUGUUCACAACCACAGCUGGCUGCCACGUGUCUCCUCUCUGUAUUCUGACAAUUUCACCUAUAUACAGAUCUGGCAACUGUCUUGUACGUCUGUCAUAGUAGCUCUUUUGCUUGCGUGCUCCUGCAAUUUGCACAUCUUUGCAAAGUGAUUUCUUUUCUUGCAUAACUUGCAUGUCUGACCAAAGGCUGGACAUUUUCUGUAUCCAUGUUUAUAACCAUCUGUUGCAGUUAACUUCCUUUUGAUUAUCCUGUGGAGCUGGCUUUGUCCUACUCUUGUCAGUUUUCACAGUUUUUAUUUUGUGUACUUCAAUCUCUUCAUUGAGCACUCUAACCUGACUUGACGUGAUCUCGCUGGCAUGGCAAACGUCAAUUGCCUUUUCUAGUGUAAGCUCCGCCUCUCUCAACAGCCUGCCUCUCAGUUGAUCAUCUCGUAUGCCGCAUACAAUCCUGUCACGUAUUAAAGAAUCAUGUAGUUGUCUGAACUCACAGUCUUUUGCCUUGUACUUCACAUCUGUUACAUAGGCGUCUAUGGUCUCCGUUGGCCCUUGAGCCCUCGUGAAAAACAUGUAUCGGAUGUACGGAUGUGCUGUUCUUGGUUACCAGGCUAAAGAUGGCGGCGGUGUUGGAAGUAGAUGGGCCCGGGCCGCACGGAGAUCACAGACAUGAGAUGGAGGAGGAGCCGAUUGACUUGACAGGCUUGUCACCAGAAGAAAGAUGGAGGGUGGAACAUGCACGGAUGCAUGCCAAGCACCGUGGGCACGAAGCGAUGCACGCGGAGAUGGUGCUCAUCCUCAUUGUUACUUUGGUGGUGGCACAGAUUCUUCUGGUCCAGUGGAAACAAAGGCAUCCCAGAUCCUACAAUCUAGUGACACUGUUCCAGAUGUGGGUCGUGCCCCUCUACUUCACAGCGAAGCUACACUGGUGGAGGUUCCUAGUGAUUUGGGUACUCUUCUCGGUUAUCACUGCCUUCAUUACUUUCCGAGCAACACGGAAGCCACUGGAGAGAACGACACCCAGAUUGGUUUAUAAAUGGUUUCUUCUACUUUACAAACUGAGCUACACUACUGGAAUUGUGGGAUAUAUUGGCGUCAUGCUCACCCUCUUUGGUAUAAAUUUAUUAUUUAGGAUAAAGCCUGAAGAUGGAAUGGAUUUUGGAGUGUCGCUACUGUUUUAUGGGCUUUAUUAUGGAGUAUUGAGCCGUGACUUUGCAGAGAUGUGCGCGGACUACAUGGCUUCUACAAUAGGGUACUACAACGCAUCAGGGAUGCCGACCAAGCACCUCUCCAAUGAGAUCUGUGCAGUCUGUGGACAAAAAAUCUUUGUGGAUGUCAACGAGGAAGGCAUCAUAGAGAACACCUACAAGCUCUCCUGUAAUCAUGUAUUCCACGAGUUCUGCAUCCGAGGCUGGUGCAUUGUGGGAAAGAAGCAGACAUGUCCAUACUGUAAAGAGAAGGUGGAUCUGAAGAGGAUGUUCAGUAACCCCUGGGAGCGACCUCAUGUUAUGUAUGGCCAGUUGCUGGACUGGUUGCGUUACUUGGUUGCUUGGCAACCUGUGAUCAUCGGACUGGUACAGGGUAUCAACUACAGUCUAGGACUGGAAUAAGUGGCUACUUCUCCUGAGUUUUUAAACCCUUGUCCACUCCCCCAUCUCCCUGAAACACCAAUUCCAUGGAUUUGAACCAAUCAGAAUGUUUUGUUAAGUUGUUGGACGCCCCUGGCGGAGGAAGAGAAAGGAGUACUCACCUCCUGCCAUUUGGAUAAGAGAAGCAAGAGGGCUGGCUUUGCUGGCCCUAUUAUCUCUCCCUCCCCUUCUUUUCUCCUAAAGGACAUGAAGAUUUCCAUCACUGACUUUGCCAUCUCCCAUCUCCGAGUGGAUCAACCUGUGGGUCUGGACAGCCCCCCAAGCCUGUGCAGUGUUUGUGGGGCCAGCAAGCCAGCUCUGUGUCUAACAUCCUCAGCGGCCUCCUCCUCCUCCUGUUCCUGACCAACAGUCUGGAGGGACUGAAUGGCCUCUCCGAGCAUGCAGGUUGUUGUGGUGACUAAUUCCAAGAUUGCAGGCCUGGAUGCUGUUUCGUUUCUUCGAAAGAUUCAAUCUGCCUUCAGACUGGAAGUUGAGAAUUUUUUAAAAAACUAAUAAAUGGGUUCCCAGCA